CAGCAGGCGUGCGCCUCGGACACGACGUAACCCAUACCACCUGCUUCGAAGGUGGCCACAACGCUGUUCGUCGCUGGAAGAACGGCUCUAGAUCCACACUGGUCACGAAGGUGGCCACGCCAGCGACGAACCGCUCUAGAUCCACACUAAACUAAGCAACAAUGACGCCGACGCGCCACCAAGCGCUCCUCGCCGUCCUAGCGGCCGCCACCGCCCUGUCACCAACACGCCGCGCCGCGCUUAAAGCAAAAAAAGAAGUUCCUGUCUUCGACGCGAACGCCUACAAGAGGAAGUACUACGCGAAUUUUGCCGAGGCCAAAUGGCGCCAGCGAAACGAGCUAGCAACAGCGACGACGCGCCAGGCCGUCAUUCCGGAGCCGGUGGAGCGGCCGCAGCUCGGCGACCUCUUCGCGAUGGACCCGAACGUCGAGGAGCCCGUCGGCUGGCGCGACCUCUUCGUCACGAAAACGGUGCCCAUCAAGUACCGCAAGCGCCAGGAGCUGAAGCGCGCCUUCUACAAGGCGGCGGAGCGCGAGCACGGCCGCGCGGCGUUAUUGGGCGCCGCGUUCAUCUCGAGCGUGGCGUGGGACGCGCGCCUCGGUCCGCUCGUGCUGUUUGCGCGCUGCGGCUGCCCGCAAGCUUUAAAUCAGUUCGCGGAGGGCGCGCCGAAUGUGUUAAUAGAGGGCCCGCUCGCGGCGAUGAGCCUCGCGUAUCUCGUGAGGGAGCUGCACCGGUCCUUCAACCCCGUCGGUGUCGAAAUGCGGGACCUCGACGCCUCGCAGCAGAAGGCGCGCGGUUUAUCUCUUAGGGCGGAGCUCUUCCAGGGCCGCGUCGCGAUGCUGGGCACGGCGGCGGUCGUGCUCCUCGCGGGGCCGCAGCACACUGUGAGCGAGGCCGUCGGCGACGUCGUGGACGCCGUCGUGGGCACGCUCUGAUCAUUUUCGUUCAUACUCCAAUUCGUGACGGAUAUAAGCUCCCUUUUGUGUUAGACAGUCUUCUUACACAGACACGACGGGGGCUCACGCGUAGGGCCAGAGCGGGCGGCUCGCGCUGGACCCGGUGUAGGCGCGCUCUGCGGCCGGUAGUUGUUGGAGCGCCUCGCGCGGCGACACGCCGACGACGUCGGGCAUCUGCUUGGUCGCGAGGUACGCCUCGACGUUCGCGGGGCUCUCGGACCAUCUAGCGGACUCGCGCGCGAAGGGCGGCGCAAGCCGCUCGUAGACGCUCACGAAGUGCCCGAUGAACCGCACGUAGUAGUCCAUGAAGGCCGGAUGCUCCGCAAAUAAGCCAGUCUCGCGCGCCGCCCAGAAAUGCAGGCGCAUCCACACUCUGCAGUCGUCCAGCCUGCGCGGAGGCCCAAUAUUUGAGCGAUCGAACAAUAGUUGAUUUGGACGCCGCAU